AUGGACGUUGACACCCGGAACCUGCUGGUCCGCCCAGGUGGACCAGAUGAGGGGCAAUUCGACCGAGAGCUAUUUUCGAACAACAGCAUCACGUGGAAGGAGAAGUACGAGGAGACGAAGGAGCUCCUCAGGAGCUAUAACUUGUUCUCAGACCACCUGAUUAAUUACAGCGUGGAUUUCUAUUUCAACAAACUGGGGUUCAAUAAUCUCCACUUCAAGGAAACGAGUCCACACUUGAUCAGCAAAGUAGUGGUGUGCAUCAUAACGGCGAAGAUAAACGAGGAGUACUCGAGCGACAAGUAUUUCCCAAUAUUUGAAGAAAAACAUGACAACGUGAUAUUUAUAAUAACGAGGGUGUUCGCAAAUGACAACAAGACGAGGUUGAAUUAUAAGAUGGAAAAGAAGAUCGAAGAGAAGUACUUCCACUUUAGUGACAUGUCCAAGGAUUGCUACCGAAUGAAGAGCUUCCGAUCGGUUCACUCCGUGUUUGAUAAAGAGCACACCUACGAAGAACCGCUACGUACCUACAUCUUAGAACUACCAACGUACAGUGAAAACAUCAUUAGUGAAAAUGAAACUGAUUUGGAGAAACUUAUGGAUGUUAAUUUUUACAGCUACAUUAAGGGGAGCAAAACGGAGAGAAUCUACUACGAGUUAAACAAAGCAGUGUUAUACGACUUGACGGGACAGUUUAUCCAGACUUAUUACUACACCACUUCGUUGAACACCUUCUCAUUAACCAUUGCUGUGAAGAGGAGUAAUGUUAUAUCAUCGAUUUUUUCACUCAUCGGAGACUGCUUAAAUAUGCAUAGAUGCUUCUCCUACUCGAAGUAUGUAGAGCCGCUGAAAAAUGGAGUUCUCCUAAUAAUUCUGAACGUUAAUGUAAUCAUUAAUUCAGAGGAGCAUAAGAGGGGGGUGGAGAGUGCCCAGAAAAUGCUCCAAAUCCUGGAGGGGAAAAUACACAAGAUUGUCAAAUCGCUAAAGACAUUGUGCUUGUUUAACGACUCUAAGUUUAUACAGCUGUCUGUUAAGCGUAUAUUCACUGCAGAGGAGUCGGCGUAUAUUUUUUUAAUUAUUAAGUUCAUCACCUUCUUCUCAACGAACUCCUUUUCGAGUUACAAAAAUGUGGAGCACGCCCUACACCUGAGAAACAGCAUCGACAACAGCGGCAGCGGCAGCAGUAGUAGUAGUGCCAUUUUGAAUGACUUCUACAUCAUUAAGGACAAGCUUAAGAGCUCCAAGUACACCAAGGAGGAGAUUCUGAGCUGUGCCCUUAGCAACGUGAAGACGAUUAAGCUCCUAUUCGCCAACUUCGAGAGGAAGAUGUGUCUCCAAGGGGAGGGAGCCUCACCUGUCUCCACCCCGUCAUGCAACUCUGCGUACCACGCCGCGUCCCAAUCUGCAUCUCACUCCGCACAACAUUCCCAUUCUUACAAGCUCACCAAAGACAUCAUCGACGAAAUAGAGGACAACCACCACAAGAAGAUCCUGCAGUACUUCCACCUCUUUGAGAAGCACGCAAUAAAAACCAACUUCUUCCGCAUGCACAAAAUCAGCUUCGCCGUCGCCUUUGACGGUGCACUGCUCAAAGAUUCUAUAUACGACGCGGAGCCCUACUCCGUCAUCAUGAUCUGUGGCCUCCACUUUGUCGGCUUCCACAUCAGGUUCACCAAGAUCUCCAGAGGAGGAAUCAGAAUUGUUAUAUCGAAUAAUAUGAAUUCCUACAUGCAUAACUACAACAAUCUGUUUGACGAAGCUUAUAACCUCGCCUACACACAGAACUUCAAAAACAAGGACAUCCCAGAGGGAGGAAGCAAAGGAAUCCUCCUCCUAGAUGCAGUUGUCUGUAAUGUUCCCAAUACGAGGUAUAUUAAAAAUUUGUGCUUUUACUCGUAUGUUAAUUCCAUUCUCGAUUUAUUGACUGAUGGAAGAGAUGGCAAUGUUCCUUUUGGAACAAGGGAGGGAGAGCUCCUCUGCAUUUCGCUAAACUCCAGCAUGAAUAGGAACUACAACAACACGGCUACCUUGGGGGAGGUCAGCACGGACUUGUUGGCGCGGAGUCAGCCCUUUUCCUACGCCAACGACACGGCGGAAGAGGCGGUGCAGAAGAUCAUGUGCGGCAAGCAUAGGGAAGAGGUUCCAGUGAGCGAAAAGAGGGAAGAAGCAGUCCAAAUGAACGACCGCGCAGUAGAGGAACCUCUCUGUAGGAUCCUCCAAAACGAGGAAGACCUGAUCUUCCUCGGCCCAGACGAAAACACCGGUUCGGAUCAACUCAUGGACUGGGCCUGUAUAAUCGCAAAAAAGAGGGGCUACAAAUUCUGGAAGACCUUCUCCACAGGGAAGCUCAGAAAAAAUGGAGGAGUUCCUCAUGACUACUAUGGAAUGACAACCCUCGGGAUAGAAACGUAUAUAAAAAAGCUAUGUGAAAAAUUGAACCUGAAGGAAGAAACGAUAAGCAGAUCCAUCGUUGGAGGUCCGGAUGGUGACCUUGGAAGCAAUGCCAUUUUGCAGUCGAAGACGAAGAUAACGUCCAUCAUUGACGGCUCGGGGGUUCUGUACGACAAAAACGGGUUGCAUAAGGAGGAACUCAUUCGUCUAGCCAAAAGAAGAAACUGUGCAGGGAAAAAGCUAGCCACGUCCUGCCUCCUCUACAAUGAGGAAUAUCUUUCCAAAGAUGGGUUCAAAAUAUCUAUUGAAGAUCACAACGUAGAUGUGUUAGGAAAAAUUAUUAAGAGUGGCCUAGAAUACAGAAACAGCUUCUUUCUGAACCCACUGAAUGCAUGCGACUUAUUCAAUCCCUGUGGAGGUAGACCCCACUCCAUAAACGUGUUUAAUGUUAACAACAUUAUUAUUAAUGAACGGUGCAUCUACAAGUACAUCGUCGAAGGGGCAAAUGUUUUCAUCUCGGACGAUGCGAGGAAAAUUCUGGAAGCAAAAAAUGUCAUUCUCUUCAAAGAUGCAUCUACCAACAAGGGAGGAGUCAUAUCGAGUAGUCUGGAGGUCCUCGCCGGGCUGGUCCUCACCGAUCAGCAGUUCCUCCAAAUGAUGUGCACCCCUGAAAGCGACAUUCUCCUCGUGGACGAAAAUGAACUUACCUUCAUGAACCUGAAUCAGAAGAACAACCAUUCGAUGUCCUUCACGCGGUCGAUGUUGAUGGGGAGGACAGCGCAGAAUGGGCAGAGCGAUCAGGGGAAGGAAGCGAUGGAGCAAGACACAGCGGAAGAGGAAGCGCAGUCCCUACCUACCAAGCUGGACGACAAAGUCUCCCCAUUCUACAAAGAGUACGUUAAGGAAAUCCAAAAGAAGAUCGUCCACUACUGCGAACUGGAAUUUGAAUCCCUGUGGAGCGAGUCUAGGCGAACGAAGACGCCCAUCUCGCAGGCCACAAACAUCCUCUCCAACAAAAUCAGCGAACUGAAGAAGGAUAUCCUCUCUUCGGAUACACUCUGCACGGAUCGCAAGCUGAUGAAGAAGGUGCUGAGUGAUGUUAUUCCAGCCAUUCUGCUUGAGAAGGUAACCUUUGACGAGAUUUUCGACAGGGUGCCCUACAUCUACCUGCGCUCCCUCUUCGCAGCUGCGCUCGCGUCCAACUACUACUACUCGCAGCAGUUCCUCAGCGACCUCUCCGUUUUUAACUUCUUCGAGUACAUUCGUCGCCUCCAGAGCGAUGCAUAG